CGAAACAGAAACAGAAUGCCCACCAACAGAAAUAAUCAUAAAUUCAUAUACAGUAAACUUAACGUUACCAACUACAGAAAUUAUCAUUUCAGCAACAAUAGCAGAAAUAAAGCAGUAUAAUAAUUAUUUGUAUUGUUUGUGUUGUGAAGUUUUUUUUACAAAUUAUGACGAAAAUUAAGUUUACUACUGAGGAUGUGGAGAAAAUAAUAGAUUUCGUAAGAAAUCACGAAAUUCUUUAUAAUAAGCGCCACAAAGACUUCCGUGAUAGAGAGAAGAAACAACGCUUGUGGCUUGAAAUAGCAGAGCAGCUCGAUAUUACAGCUGAAGCCGUUAAGGGAAAAUGGACUACCAUGCGAGAUUACUUCAUGCGCACCAUAGAUAAGCGAGGCAAUGGCUCGGUAGCGCCACUUACUAAACGAGACGAAUCACUUAAGUUCUUAUUGGACACUUCCCCGCAGAAGAAACCAAGCAUGAAAGCAAACACUAGACCUUCAAAGCAGCACACUGACAGCGCUAAGGUACGCAACACCGUAUUAACAACGAAAAAUGAACGCACGCCAGCAGCGCCACCCGUAGAAUCCGCACGACGUGCAGGAAAACGAACCAGAACUGUUGCCGAAAUCCAGCAAACUACACCGCCAGAAUUAAUUAGCAAAAAACGUGCAACUUUGGUGGAACCUUUACCGCCUAAGCCGUCGAAAACGCCAAAAUUAGCGCAGAAUAACAGUUUGCAAAUCUUUUUCGAAUCUAUUGCCAGCACUAUGCGCACAUUCCCGCCAUUGUCGAUUGCGAAAGUGAAAUUGCAAAUCUCACAGCUAGUGGGCAAUGAGGAAAUUGCUUUGGCUGAGCGAAACGCCAAUACUGAGGUGUUCUAUCUGACAAAAAAUCAAAUAGUCUAUGAAAGUGAGAAGGAAGCCGAAGUUGAUUAUGAUUCCAACAAUGAAUCGGUUGUUUAAAUACUGAGUAAUAUGUACAUGUGUAUGUUUAUAAUUAUUAAUUUUUUGUAUAUUAAGCAAAUCGUAUAACUGCAUUGACUAUUCUGCUUCUGCGUGAAUUUCAGCGAAAGCAGAAUCUGUUGCUGUUAUAACUGAAUACUGUACUGACCUGUUGCUCAAAAUAAGCCGAUAACGUAGCAUAUUUCCAUAUGUAAAUAUUAUACAUAUAUGUUUUGCUGUUUAAAAU